AUGGCUCGGAAGCGGGUCGUGCAGCGCAUCAAAGCCGUGGAGUCGGAGACACGCUUGCUGGUGGUGGACAAGGAGACGGACGAGUACCUGUGCAGCCUGCGCCUCACCUGCACGGAGGAGAUGGUGCACAGUGGGAUCCUGCUCAACUCCGGCCCCUCGCCCACCAAGUCGGUGGGCAGUGACAACGGGGAGGUCUGGAAGCCCCAGCUGGAGCUGGGCGGGGGCAGCCCCCAGCGCCACGCGCGCGGCUUCUCCUCGCACGGCAGCAGGAAGGAUUUAAACGGGCAGAAGGAGCUGUGCCCACGUCUCUGCCACCUGAAGAAGGGCCCCAAUGGCUACGGCUUCAACCUGCACAGCGAGAAGUCGCGGCCGGGGCAGUUCAUCCGCUCGGUGGAUCCCGACUCCCCCGCCUCCCGGGCAGGGCUGCGGCCCCAGGACCGGCUGGUGGAGGUGAACGGGAUAAACGUGGAAGGGCUGCGGCACUCGGAGGUCGUGUCCCACAUCAAGGCCCGGGAGAGCGAAGCCAGGCUCCUGGUGGUGGACCCUGAAACAGAUGAGUACUUCAAGAAGCUGGGGGUGACCCCCACAGAGGAGCACAGCAAAGGUUUGGUGCCUCAGCCCAUGACAAAUGGAUCCGCCCAGACCCAGCUGAAUGGAGGAUCCACAUCUUCAUCUCACAGUGACCUUCAAAGUCCUGGGAAGGAAUCAGAGGAUGGAGACGUGGAGAAGAGGGACCCGUUUGAGGAGAGUGGCCUGAGCCUGAGCCCCACAGCUGCCGAGGCCAAGGAGAAGGUGCGGGCCAAGCGGGUGAAGAAGAGGGCUCCACAGAUGGACUGGAACAAGAAGAGAGAGAUUUUCAGCAAUUUCUGA